AUGCGGACAGCCUUCAUGCCCGCUGGUUUCUUCUCGCGAGUUAUUGCCCGGCUGCACCACCUCGAGUUCAACAUGACCCCCUGGCGAGAUUGUGUGCUCGUCAGCAGAAACCAGCAUCGAGCUCUAAUUCAGGUCCAUCGUCGCACGGAAGAGGAUGUGAUUGAUCUAGUGAUUGUCGUGCGCGGCGCUUCUCCAGGCAAUCUCCUCGAUGUGCUUGCUGGCGUUGUCGACGAUUUGACUGCGAACUGGUACACGGGUAUUACUUGGCAAACCUACCUGCGGUGCACAAAGUGUGCAAUGGAUGUGGCAGAUCCAUGUCUGUUUGAGAUUCAUUCUGUGGUGCUUGCAGCCGUCCUUCCAAACAAGGAGUUGAGUUGUGAUCAUUCGCAACGGACGCUGGUUCGCGAUGAAUGGCUCUCCUUCAUUCAGCCAGUAUUACAACGCAGUUUAUCACGCAUCGAGGAGCCAUCUGAGCUGCAGCGACAGGCUCUGAACAUAUUCAAGGCCUCUCGAUGUCCCGCAGAUGCGCCGAUCGCACAGCCUGAUUCCUCAUCGUCCUCAGCCAUCCAAGUUCCAGCAAUCGCGACCACUAUUCCUCGAGUUGGCAUGCAAGAGGUUUCGCAAGCCACUGGCAACUUCGCGCCUUCCCGGCGCAUUGGGGGCGGCGGCUUUGGUAGUGUGUACUCUGGCAUCUGGGGUGGUGCACAAGUUGCUGUCAAACGUUUGGCGGCCGAUUCUAUGCAAGGCAUCGCUCAAUUUCAGGCCGAACUCGAAUCCCUCUCGCGCUUUCGCCACCCGAAUAUUGUCACUAUCAUGUGCUAUGCUCACGAAGGCGGCGAAUGCUGCUUGGUGUACGAACUGAUGGCAAACGGUUCGGUGCGCGAUCGUCUGGACUGCAACAAUGGCACGCCUGCUCUGAGUUGGCCACAACGCCAGAGAAUCGCAACCGAGAUUGCGAGCGCUCUGCACUUUGUGCAGACUGCCAUUCCGCGUCAGCCGCUGUUCCACUUGGAUCUCAAGACGGACAAUGUUUUGCUGGACGCUCACUUUACUGCAAAGGUCGCCGACUUUGGUCUGACACGCUCUGCACCAGCUCAGACGGCCACACAAAGCUACAUCCAGACGCAGACGAUUCAAGGAACUCCCCAAUACAUUUGCCCUCAGUACCGUGAUGAAGGCAAGGUCUCCAUCAAAACGGACGUGUACUCCUACGGCAUGAUUCUGCUCGAGCUGCUGACUGGGCAGCAGCCUGGUAGCGUGCUUACAAGCGCAGUGAAGACUGCUCUUUCAACGCACGGUCAAUUCGAUUCCGAGUUGGAUGCGUCGAUCACAUGGAGCGCUGCAGACAAACUCGCUGCCACUGAAGUCGCGAAGCUUGCGCUUGCUUGCCUGAAGCCUGAUCGACACGACCGACCAACCUUUGGCCAAAUCCCUGCUCAGCUGAAGGGUGAUCCGGAUCAGGUUGAGGCGACGGAAGAGAGCCCACACGGCGAUCGUGAAUGCAUGCUAUGUUACAACGCUCCGACUACAGCCAAGCUGAUGCCUUGCUGCCACGCAUGUGUUUGCGUGGCGUGCGCUCAAGAAAUGAUUCGACGUCAGGACAAGUGCAUGGUUUGUCGUGUAGUCCCGACUUCGUACCUGAAGGGUUCUUUCGACCAGACGUUUGUUCAGGUCAGCGAUCGCGAAUGUAUGCUGUGUUACAACGCUCCGACUACAGCCAAGCUGAUGCCUUGCUGCCACGCAUGUGUUUGCGUGGCGUGCGCUCAAGAAAUGAUUCGACGUCAAGAUAAGUGCAUGAUUUGUCGUGUCAUCCCGACUGCGUAUCUCCCGGGUACUUUCAACCAGACGUUUGUUCUGUGAACGUAGUUGGUUGGUGUUUGGUUUUCUGUGUUGACUGUGACUUUCUGUCUUCUAUUAAUGUAUUCAUACGAGCG